UCUUUUUCGAAUCGUCCAUCUCAGUAUACCCGGAGAAUGGGCUGAGGGAACGACGAGGGAGGGAGGAGGAACCGAAAGAGAAAAAAAAGUUCAACUAAAAAAUGGCUUCCUUGUCUUUGGAGUCUCCAGAACAAACGGAGAAUGGAAGCGCCGAGGAGUCCGGGCAAACAGAAGCCCGAGUCAAAGAGGAGACGGACUCGGAGGAAGUUUCUGAGCGGCUGUUUGAGACCUUCCCAAAGUCCGCGCUCGGCUUUUCCAGUGAGCAGGUCGCCUGCGUGUGCGAGGCUCUCCUGCAGGCGGGCAACGUGGAUCGCCUGUGGAGCUUCCUGGCCACCAUCCCUCCUUCGUCCGACGUGCUACGUGGCAACGAGACCCUGCUUAAGGCCCAGGCCCUGGUCGCUUUCCACCGCGAGGACUUUACAGAGUUGUACGCCAUCUUAGAGAGCCGCGACUUCCACCCGAGCAACCACGGGUUCCUGCAGGACCUCUACCUGAGAGCGCGCUACAAGGAGGCGGAGAGGUCGCGGGGUCGCAGCCUGGGCGCCGUGGACAAGUACCGGCUGCGCAAAAAGUUUCCCCUUCCAAAGACCAUCUGGGACGGAGAGGAGACGGUGUAUUGUUUCAAGGAAAAGUCACGCAACGCCCUUAAAGAAUGUUACAAAGUUAACCGGUACCCAACUCCGGACGAGAAGAAAAAUCUGGCCAAACUUACUGGACUUUCUUUGACCCAAGUGAGCAACUGGUUCAAGAAUCGGCGACAGAGAGACCGAACUCCAUCCGGUACCAACAGCAAGAGUGAAUCUGACGGAAACCACAGCACAGAGGAUGAGGCUAGUAAGGCUGAUCUGGAGGACAUUACCGACAAACCUGCUGCUCAAGAGGCUGGAGGCUCAACUGCUUCGCUCAUAUCCCUUUCUGGUGCCCCCUGUAGUACUGGAGGUCAGCUCAUUCUCAAUAACACAGGGGGAUUCCUUACUAGUCCUCAUCCCCUGUUGCUCAAUGGGAGCCCAUUACUGUCAGGGACUGGAACUGGUGUCAUCAUUAAUGGACUGACUCUGAGCGAUGGUCAUGCAGUCACCCUCAGUCCUGUAACUACUAACACUCCACUUUUACUCAAUGGGGCUCAGGUUAUAUCUAAGGGUAGUGGGAACAACAGCACCCCAGAUGAAAACUGCAUUACCAAAAUAGAAACGCAAGCCAGCCUCACUACGACAGUCCCUGUCUCAUUGACAGAGGAAACGAAAGUGACCAACCAUAAUGUUUCUCCGUUGGACUUCAUUACUGUUCCAGAGGCUAUGAAGGCUCAAGAUAGCACCCAAAUGGUGCCUCCCACCUCCAUAUCCACAUCCACAAUCUCUUCCACAAUAAUGACUCACACCUCCCUUCCUUCAUUAGCAUUGACUCAAAAUGGCAUCCUUUCUUCUGCAGUUCCCCCAUCUGGUGCAGUUAUUUCCAACCCUGCAAUGCCACUACAAUCCACCCAGCAGCCUGAGCUUGUGGUGGUAGCAACAGCUGGUUCCCAAAUAAACCCUACUUCUUCCAUUUCACAAAUAGCAUCUUCUUCCACUGUCUCUAGCCCUCAGGUUCUUUCUUUGCCCCAGGUGGUACCAUCCAUCCAGGGUAUUCCAGUAUCUCAAUUAGUGCAGCACCCAGCAGGGACUCCGUUGUCAUGCCCUCAGUUGGUUCCAGUGUCCCCCAUUACCACUCAGCUAUCCCAGAGUUCCACUCCUCAGUUUCCAACCCCCAGUCUGCAAAUUGGGCCAAGGCUUACUCAAGCUCAAGCUCAGAAUGGAUCCUCUGCACUUGGCGAGAACACUGUCGUGUCUGUCCCCCGGGUGCCUAAUGGACAGGCUCCACAAGGGCUGACACUUCAGUUAACAGACCAGUCCAAUUCAGCCCCCACCCCACAGACACAGACCCCGCUGGGUACACAAGGCAUUCCCAUCUCCUCACCAACACAAGUAGUCCCUGUUUCACAGUCCAAGGACACAGGGCAGCCCCAGCUGGUACCUUUGCCUCAACUCAUGCCUGUAUCCCCCAUUGCUGGAGCACCUACAGGGACCAUAUCCUUUCCUCAGGUGGUCCCAGCAGCACCCUCUUUCUCCAUUCCAACUCCGGGAGGUGCUUUCCAAAUCUUAACAUCUGGCUCUGGAGGAGGAGUUGCUGUGCCCCAGGGAGCUAUACGUAUAAGCCCCAUAGGACCUCCUCAGAGUGUGCCAACAGCUGGUGCUAUUCCAGGUGUCCAGCUUCUCAAUUCCGGAGUGAUUCAACUUCCUUCUGCAUCUCCAGGUAACUUCCUCCUGGCAGGUGGAGGUCCAUUUCUGAGUGUUCAGAAUGGCAAACUCAUCCUCACCAUCCCAGCUGGUUUCCAGUUUACCAGCAUGCCUGUCAAAUCCAUCCCAGAAAAUCCAGGCCCAAGCACUAACAGCAACAGUGGACUGGAACAAACCUCAACUUCACUACAAAAUCAGCCAGUCUCCUUAUCCUCUGCCCAGACCUCUACUCCCUUUCAGUCGUCUCCUUUAAUUGGCUCAUCUGCGCUUUACUGUAGUCCUGAGCCUGGAGCCCUGGCUAACCCUACACCAGGAGCCUCUCCAAACACUUCAGACUCUCCGACCCCAACCCCGACUAGUGUGCUGCCAUCCCAACAGACCCUCAGCCCUGAGAGUAUGCUGUCAUUCAGUCCCCUCAGCAGUGGUGUAGCCAGUGGUCCCCAUCUCAUUCAACCUGCUUGGAGUCCCGUGCCACUGUCAUCCUCGUCUGGACUCACACUGUUUGAUGUACGUGGGAAGGGGGAUCUACCUGAGGACCCAGCUUUAUUGGGCUUACCAGGUGGGGAGUCCCUGCUAUUGGGUACCCCUCCACCAGGCGAUGAUGUACAUAGGGAAUCUCAUCUGGACGAUGUGGAGAUGGAUGGAGAUGCAAAAAUUCUUACCCAACUGCAGUCUGUCCCUGUGGAUGAUGAUUUGGGUUUGUAACUAUUCUUCUCUUGGGCUACCUUUUAGAAGCCCUAAGACAAUCUUGAUACUCGGUCCACAGCACUCUAUAUUUUGUUAUGAGUCAAUGUAUGGCAUUAGAGAAAGGAAUCAUGGUAGACUCGUGGUAAAUGAUGCCUGAUUUGUACAUUUACAGAUUCAUGUCAAAACAGAAUGGCCCACUUAUUAGUUUGUAGGUUUUGUUAGGUCUAACAUCAUCUCCCUUUUGGGAUUCACAUUAAACAGUCAUAGGUUGUGGAGGUUUUACUUCCCACAGAAAGACAUAGGGAUUAAUGGCAUUUGCAGAGAUGCAUGGAAAGAACCCAUUACCCAAUAGCAGGGCUUUUUUUUUUUACAAUAUAAAUCCUGCACUAUCACUAGAAUUUACCAUGCAAUCAGAUUUUUAUUAGUUUAUGAGACUUCACAGUUAAUGUUUGUAAUGAAUCAAACACUCCAGUCAAUCACUUCAUUCCAUUCAGAGAAGGCACUGCUGACCAUUUUAUUUGAAAGCAAAAAAAGGCUAGCUGCUAGUGUCAAACCCACACCAAGUAUAACAUAUGUGGUAAAUAAACAGAAGCCUAAAUAGGAGACUAUUUCUGUAUAUAAUUAAUUUUAGCCAUUUCUGCAAAACUAAACUUGUUUAUUGGAUUUUACACCACAUUUUAAUUGGCAUUUUAAAGUAAUGAGAAUAACAAGUAGUUAUUUUUUGUUAUUGUGUUAAUCACAUACUGUCUCACUCCUAGGGCCUGUCUCAUAAAGCAGGAUUUUGUUUGGUUAGCUAGCUGUCUUUGAAGUCAUUGUGAUCUUACUCUAUCUCCUGACAGUGGUUCACUUUUUACUCAGUUAAACUGCCGUAGUGACGCAUAUUGCACAGGUAACUUGUUGUGACGCAGAUUAGGUUCUGGAUUACAGAACAUAAACUGUUGUUCAUCUCUUAGAAAAAUUACACUUAUUCCCUAGAAUAGGCUACUAAUCUUUCACUGUGAAAAUGGUUUUAGCAUUUCUUUAAAACCUAUGGAAUUAGGAGCAUAAAUUGUGAAAAGUCACUUUACACUCCAAGCACAUUUACAGACUGACAAAGUUCCUUGGAUUUAUCUGAUUAUUUUUUAUAUCAGACAUAUAGAAUUUCCACUGAAAUUCUUUUUGAGUGUUAAAUAGUAAAAUUCCACUCACAGCUGCUGCUCUCAUUGUUCUAGUAUAUUUAUAUGCAUACUGCUUGCUAAGUUCAUUACAAGGUAGUCAUUUUACCAUUUACUCAAUAUGGCCAUAAAAGGGGACUUCUACAGAAGUGCACUGAUGAUGCAAACAUAACAGUAAUUUUCUUUAAUCACAGGUAUCAUUAGAGGAUCAUUAUAGUAUAAGCUGAUACACACGUUAUCGCACAGUUUUUUAUUGGGAUCACCUCAUGCAAUGUGAGAAGUAAUAAUCUUAAAUGCCACUGAAAUCCCACAGUGUAAAACAAGCUUUAAUGAGGAGCCCAGGUUAUGAUGAACCUGCUUUAUGAGCCAGACACCUGGAUAUAGGACUGUGUGUUGACAUCGGAACGUGAAGUAGCCUAACCUACACAUCUUAUGACCAUGCCAUUUUUCACAAUGAGUACAUUUUUAAUGACAACGUAAUAGACUAUGUUUUUGUUUUCAAUAGGAUUGCUUUAAAUGGUUUAUGAAACUAGACCUGGAUUUUCCAGACAGAAAGCUUAAGUUGCCUUUGUGUUGGAUAUUGAGGUGAAGUACGCAAUCUUUAACGUUGUUCUAUCCUUAAUGGGAAGAGAGGCAUGUUUUUAAAAGGUAAACAUCUGAUAAAAUAUAGUAUCAGGUAUUUUAUCGGUUUUAGAUGUUUUGUUAUGCUAUCUGUCUACUUUAGCAUUGUAAUCAUCUGCAGUAUGUAUAUACAUUUUAUUCAUUCAUGUACAUCCAAAGACUGAACUAGUUUUCCAGAGCAUUAAUUGUUUGUCUGUGUAAUGUCAGCCCAUAACGCCUAAUGUUUUCCACACCUGCACAUUUUUGCUAUUUAAAUUAUGCACCGUAACUUAACCAUACAAGAAGUUGUCUAUUACUUUUCAUAGUUAGUUUCUGAUUUAAUAAACACUCCCAUCCAUCACUACAGUGUAGCACAUGCUGAGAAGGUACUGUUAGCCAAGUUAUUUGAAAGAAAAAGGGCUUAUUACUGUUAGAUUUUAUUAUUUUUAUCUAUGCAAAGACUAAGUUGAAUUUAUGUGAAAAGAAGAUUGGUGCUGCCAAAUUGGCAUUAGUGUUUUUAGAUGAACCAGUUACUAUACAGUUAAAGCUAAAUCCUAUGAACCUGACAUACUGUUGAAUGCGAUUCUUCACACUACACGUUCAUCAAUUAUGUGCAAAUAUAAUGUCUGUUAUUUUCUAUUUUCAUACUGAGAAUUUUUUAGGAUUUAUUUCAAGUUACACACUAUGACUGUUGUCUUUCAUUUUUGUGUAGUCAAACUAAUUGUGCAUUGAUGAUUCCGGUCAAAGCUAGAAUCAAAUGUCUAUUUUCAUGUUUUGUAUGUGGUAAGGCCAGUCAAUACUGUGUUGGUAAUAUUUCAUAAGUAACUUUAUGGGUAUGAUGUACCAUACACGUCUAUGGAAUUGGCUCACUCGAUUUCAGAAAUACCAUUUUUGGCAUUCCUGGGUGCAUGCGAAGUUAAAAGCUGUAAAUGAAAUUGGACUUCAUCUAAAAUUAUGGUGCUUAUCUCCAGUAGGCCAACGUCUUAUUAUUUUGCACAUUUCAGCCAUGAACUGUCAUUUACUCUCCUCUUGGUAAUAUCAUUGGUCCUACUGAAGCCAUCAAGAAAUUUUCUCCACUCUUGACCUAUAAAUGAGUGGUGAUGUGACACUACCGCAAACCUUAUGUACUGUUAUGUUGCAGGAAACAGUGUGUUAAUUCCAAACCUAAAUGUGCCUUUUCCUGUUCUGUAUGUUUUACUUUUCUGUGUAUAUUUAAAGCAUUAGCAGGGGUGGACAAAUCGCUAGCCUGGGUGCCUGAAGCAUGCAGGUUCAGUGUUCAGCAGGGUGUUAAUAUACCUUUAAUGGAUGCUAGACAAUAUUUCCAGAAUCAGGAAUAUGAAGGGAAACAGUGACUAAGCUGAGCCAAAUAUAGUACAGUGCAGCACAAAAACUGUUAUAUAAACCUAAUGCUAUCUCAACACACAGGCACCUCACAAUUAACACUUUACCGGGUGAAAAUGAAGACUCUAACUAGACUAAUAUCGUCUUUAUGUGCGAUGAGAGAACACCAGAGCUCGUAGCUGAAAUCUUAGCCAAAGACUUCGUGCCUUUUUGUCUAGGGUCCAAACAUGAUUCUCAGAUUAUCAGGAGAGGGUAAAGACUGUAGCUACAUAAAACCACCCCUUCCAGGGAUUCAAACGCUCUUUAAAAUCUAUUCAACUAGACUAAAAAGUGGCAACUAACAUAAUUUGCUUGUUAUACUUGAGUUAAAUUGCAUUAGUUACCACUUUUUAUUCUAUUCAGAUAGAUUUCUGGGAACCAAAACAUGGAACUGGGUAGCACAUUGGAGCUGGAGGACUGGUGGGCUGAUUAAUAAAUUGGAUUUGUCCACCCCUGAUUAAUUAGUUAUGAACCAGCAUUCUGAUAUUGGUGGAUUUGCAGAGGUCCAUCAGAAUUCUUCUGUUGCAUUUUCUGUAUACUUUCUGGAAAUAGCUGUAUUUUAGAAGUGUAUUCAAAAUAGGACAUGUAGCAUUUAUAUGCCAAAGGCUUGUAUUACUUUUUCUGUUUUAUUUCUUCCAUGCACCUGAACAAUGUGUUGUUUUCCCAAUAUGUAAGAAAAAGGGAAUCUGUGCGUGUGGUUGUGUGUGUCUGUGUAUGCAUUGGUAUGAAUGAGCAACAAGUAAUGAACUUUCCUGUUGCUGUUAUUGAAUGUUAAAAUUAUUAUUUGUGGCUUAUUUUAGCAUAGUUGUUACAGUACUAUCAAAUAUACAAAGCCACAAUCAUCUCUAUUCCGAGGAAAAUACACAGCUAAUUGAACCAAAGAAUUUUGCAAUGUACUUUAAAUUUAAUAAAGGGAUUUUAUUGUUCCCAGCAUGAUAAAACAGCA